ACCAAAAACUACCUUAUCUGUCGUUAACGAGUUAAUCCCCUUCCAACUGCUGUUACUAAUUUCUACUACGGCUUUGAGCCCGCGAUCGAAUCGAGCCGGCCUCAAUUAAUCAAUUUCCUUCCCGUCCCUUCCUUCUUCGUCCCAAAAUUCUCCAAUCCCGAACCCGAUCGCAGCGGAAACCAACCUUUCUUCCUCCGCAAUCCGAAACCGGACGGGCGCCGACGCCGGCUCCAAUGGCGGCCGCCGCCAUCUCCCACCUCCGCCGCGGCGCGCAGCGCCACGCGCUGCUAUGCCUCUCGCUCCCGCGCCGCCGCUUCUCCUCCACCGCGGCCUCCCCGCUCGCGGCGGCCGCGCGCCGCCUCCUCUCCACGACGGUGGACGCCGGCGCGUCCUCGUCGGGGGAGCACUACAAGCCGCCGCCCUUCGAACCCUUCCGUGCCGCCACCCUGACGCCCUCGGCGCCGCCGCUGGAGUCGCCCCCGAUCGAGGAUGAGCCCCCGAGCAGCCCGCCGCCGCCGGAGGAGGCCGCCGCGUCCGAGGCGGCGCACGAGCAGGCGACGCUGGCGUGCCAGGAGGUGGAACUCGAGGGACUCAAGGCGGGGGUGGAGGCGGUGAAGAGCAGGGAGGAGUCGCCGGAGGAGAAGGAGGCGUGGUGGCUGCUCGGACGCGCGGUCGUCAACUACUGCGGCAGUGCCGUGGGGACGGUGGCCGCGAACGACCCGUCCACCAGCCAGAUGCUCAAUUACGACCAGGUGUUCAUCAGGGACUUCGUGCCAUCGGCCAUCGCCUUCCUCCUGAAGGGUGAGAGCGAUAUUGUGAAGAACUUCCUGCUCCACACCUUGCAGCUCCAGAGUUGGGAGAAGACCGUGGAUUGCUAUAGCCCUGGUCAGGGAUUGAUGCCUGCUAGUUUCAAAGUUAGAUCUGUGCCUUUAGAUGGAAACAGUGAAGCAUUUGAGGAGAUUCUUGACCCUGAUUUUGGCGAAUCAGCCAUUGGACGUGUAGCGCCAGUUGACUCUGGUCUUUGGUGGAUAAUACUGUUGAGGGCAUAUGGCAAAAUUACUGGAGAUUACGCUCUGCAAGAAAGGGUUGAUGUGCAAACAGGCAUCAGGCUAAUACUGAAUUUGUGCUUGUCUGAUGGAUUUGACAUGUUUCCGACAUUGCUAGUAACAGAUGGAUCAUGUAUGAUUGAUCGGCGGAUGGGAAUCCAUGGGCAUCCUCUUGAGAUCCAGGCUCUAUUCUAUUCUGCUUUGCGCUGUGCUCGAGAAAUGAUCAGUGUAAAUGAUGGAUCAAAGAACUUGAUCCGUGCUAUUAACAAUAGGCUCAGUGCUCUGUCAUUUCACAUCAGAGAGUAUUAUUGGGUCGAUAUGAAGAAGAUAAACGAGAUUUAUCGUUACAAGACUGAGGAGUACUCCCAUGAUGCUAUCAACAAGUUCAACAUCUACCCAGAGCAGAUUCCUUCUUGGCUUGCAGACUGGAUUCCUGUGAAAGGUGGUUACCUUAUAGGCAAUCUGCAGCCAGCUCACAUGGAUUUUAGGUUUUUCUCUCUCGGGAAUCUCUGGUCGAUUGUCUCAUCUCUUGCUACCCAAAGGCAAGCAGAGGGUAUUCUGAAUCUCAUUGAAGCCAAAUGGGAUGACAUAGUGGCCAAUAUGCCUCUCAAAAUAUGCUACCCUGCACUAGAGUAUGAGGAAUGGCGUAUCAUCACCGGCAGUGAUCCCAAAAACACGCCCUGGUCAUAUCAUAAUGGUGGAUCUUGGCCUACAUUGUUAUGGCAGUUCACCCUAGCCUGUAUCAAGAUGGGUAGGCGUGACUUAGCACGGAGGGCAGUUGAAGUGGCAGAAAAGAGGCUCUCAGAUGACAAGUGGCCAGAGUAUUACGACACCAGGACAGGAAGGUUUAUUGGGAAACAAUCACGGCUAUAUCAGACUUGGACCAUUGCUGGAUAUCUUAGCUCUAAGAUGUUAUUGGACUGUCCCGAGAUGGCAUCCAUACUAAUAUGUGAUGAAGACUUCGAGCUGCUGGAAGGUUGUGCUUGCAGCCUGAACAAGAGUGCCCGCAUCAAAUGCUCACGUCGUGCUGCCAAGUCACAGGUCCUUGUGUAGUUCCAUGGCUGUUCUGGACCCCAAGAACUGCACCGCUCCUUCAACUUUGAGGAAUUGUUUGUCACUGAAGCUCCCACUAGUUAGUAGUUACUUCAGCAAGAUAACCACUGAACACCUAUGCCGGUUAUUUUGGCGAGUUUGUGGUUGAUCCAUUCAUACAAGAGUAUACAUUGCUGUGUGUACUUUUACUUAAUCAAUCUCAUGUAUUCUGCCAUUCAACCCAAGUUGAUUGGUAGUUUGUUGUAAGCAGACAACAUGUAAAUAUCACCAGCUGUCACAAAUGUACCAUGAGAAAUACACAGAUUUCUCUAAAAUUCAUGUCACAUCGAAUAUUCGGAUGUUAA